UUUUUUCCUGUUUGUGACUUCGAACGUGAGAGCUCCAAUUUGAGGAUCAGCUGAUUCGUUCUAUCGCCUUUUGCCACAGGACAGUCGUUCGUCGGUCACUAUUGACCGCUAUUGACCAUCGAUGUCGUUCUCGUAAGCAGCCGCGGAAUAACACGCGACGAAAUUCCGACAUUCAUUGCGUCUUCUUGCUUCGCGAACGAUAUCUCGCGAGGAGCGAUCGGAUCCCUAGAGGAUUACGAUGCCGCGGAGUUUGCGGGCGUGGAGCCGCCGCGUAGAAAUAGCUACGGUGAGGAGGGGAAGGACGCGCGCGUGGACGGAAUAAGUUGUGUCUAUUUUUGCGGGAGAGACGCUUCCUGGGAUCUCUCUUUCUCUCUUCCGGGUCCUGGACCUCAGCCCCGUGAAAUUCCACUGGUGAACCGCCGGUCAAGAUGACGGAGAAUUUACCUGAAGAGCUAACGAAGUCGAGUUUCCGUCGCAAGGUAUGGGACUACAUGACGAAGAACGAGCUAGUAAACUUCCCUGUCAACAUAUACAAGCGUAUCCCAAACUUCAAAGGCGCCGCGGAGGCGGCGCAACGGCUGAUUGAGCUGGAUGAAUUCAAGAAAACAAGGAUUAUAAAGAUAAAUCCAGACAAGCCGCAGGAACCGGUGAGGUUUUUAGCUCUGGAGGCAAAUAAGGAGAUCAUCGUGCCCAUUCCCAGGUUGAGAACUGGCUUGUUCUUACACGUCACACCAGUCGCUGGUGCAACGAAGGAACAAUUAAAAACACUGGCUUCUAUGCGUGGUUUGGAACAAGUGGGUAAACCACUUGGGCUAAAUUCCCAUAUCAAGGUAGAUCUUGUUGUGCUGGGAUCUGUAUGUGUCAGUCAGGAUGGAUACAGACUCGGCAAGGGAGAAGGUUUCGCGGAUCUUGAGUUUGCGAUGAUGAUGAGAAUGGGAAUGAUAACGGAAAACACGAUUGUUGUCACAACAGUACAUGAUUGUCAAAUCGUCGAUCAUCUACCACCACAAUUGUUCAAAGAGUACGACGUGCCAGUAGAUAUAAUUGUCACACCGACACAAACUAUAUAUGUAAAGCCGAGACUGAAAAAACCGUCUGGCAUUCUGUGGCACAUGCUUAGCGAAAGAAGACUUAAAACCAUGCAGGUAUUACAGCAGCUCAAAGAGAUGGAUGAGAAGGACGGCAAAAUCAUAGUUCUGAAAGAAGUCGAUUCCGACGUGGAGACCCACCAGUAUAUCAAGAAUCGUGUUAAAUACCCGAAAAGCAAGAGGCGUUUCAAUGUAAAGAGAGAUACGGUUAAUACAGAAAAUACUGUGGAAGAUGGCAAGGAUAAAUCUGAUAGGCCGCGUUUCCCACGAAGACGAACGUACAAGAAACCAAAAGUUGAGGAAGAAAGUAAUCCCAAUGCUGAAGUACAAAUGGAAAACAAUAUGAAGAUCGUGACUCGGCGACGUAAGAAUCAUCACGCCAGAACGAAAACGCAUAUUGAUUUCUCGUUGAAGCUCUCCAACAUUUCGUCCGGCGUCAGAGUUCGCGAUCUGAAAAACGCGCUGCUAAUGCGCGGUGUUAAGCCGAGCGAGAUAACUUGGCAGGGCUACCGCGGCAUUUGUUACCUUCAUUUCAGCAAACUUAGGAACGAAGCCGCUCCUCCUGAUCAACCGGUUCAGGUAGAUUCGAUUGUGGCGAAUUUACAGCAGCUCCGAAUCGGUGAAUCUAUGAACGAUGAAGAAGGAUUUAUAUACGUAGAACCCGCAAAACCGAUUUCCAGAAUUGAGGUAACCGAUGUGACAGCUGUCUAAAAGAUUAAUCGAAAACAACAUCGAAACUACAUAUAUAACUACAUAUUUUUUGAAUAUAAGGAUAGACAGACGUCUGCCACAGUCAAUCCUUUUUUUAAUGAAAAUUUGGCCAUUUUUCGCUGUUGAAUAUAAGGAUAGACAGACGUCUUCCACAGUCAAUCCUUUUUUUAAUGAAAAUUUUGUCGCGUAUAUUAAAUGUCUCAGUCAACGUGUGUUUCUCCUCAGUUAUAAAUUUUUUAAUGAAUUUUAUGUGUGAAAGCUACAGGAAUUAAAAUCUAAAAGUUGACUUGAUUUUUAACCUUUUAAUCUUAUUUUUGUUGUUCUGGUCGUUAAUUAAAGAAUUACUUUAAUUAAUAGCCAUUAAUUAAAGGAAUACUUAACUAAGUAAAUGUUCUUUAAAAUUAAGUCGGCCAUAAUUGAGUACUUGUGGCAUUAAAAUAUUAUAUCAAUUUAAAUUACUAAUAUUAUUUUAAUAGCUAAAAAAAAUUGCGCAACUUCUGGGACAUAUGUACCUUAAUUUUUUUAUAGAUAUUAGCUUGAAUACUUAAAACACACGCAUUAUAUAUUAACUUUAUUAACAUACGUUUUAUUUCACAUUUCGCUGUUAUUUUACUUAAAUCUAUAUAUUAAAGUUACAUUUGCGAAUUAUAUGUUCUAAGUGACACAUCGAUGACGAUGCUUUGCGUUCGGUUUAAGCUAAGAUGUGAUAUAUACCUGGUGCAGUGCGAUUAUUAAUAUUUAAUAUUAGUAGUCGUUACAAUUAACAUACCGCAUAUUUUUGGUUAGUGAUCUUAUUUAGACUACUUUUAUAAUAAUAAGCCGUUACAUUUUGAAUAUACAAGAAAAUAUCGGGUAACUUUCCAAUAAAUUCAAUACCCACGAAAUAAUCUGUGAUUAAAAGAUACUUAGAAGUAAGGUAGUUGAACCAUGGAGAGAAAUAAUAACAGGCACAAGAUUAUUGAAAUAUAGAUAAAAGAAAAUUAUAAAAUUAUGUUAAAUUGGCCAGUGUGUACAUUCGCGCCAUUUCAAAAUAAAAUAUUUUCUUUAAAUUUACUUAUAUUACAAUAUUUUCUAAUUUUUCACACACAUUCAAAUAUUUAUUGCAUAAUGAUAAGUUAUAUUUUUGAUAGAAUUGGAAAGAAGAUUACUUGUAAGACCAUUAUUCUGCUAUUACUUUUUUCUGGUAACGAUUGUUACUUUUUCUGUUUGUAACAAUAAUGGUUGCAUCGUUGCAUUUUUAUACAGUAAAAAUCGAGAUUAUAAUCAGAAAUUCUGUUUGAUCACUUAAUUAUAUAUCUCUUGUCAAUACAAUCAAACCAUUUUUCUCAAAGUAUGAAUGAAUUAAAAGAUAUAUAGAAGUUUACAUUGCUAUUUUACGUCUUUUCAAAUUUUUUACAUAAGACAAGUGCCUCGUUCACCACAUUCCGGCUCUAGGAACAUCAAAUAUUGCUUUUUUAUUAAUUUUUGGCGCGAAUUAAAGCACAUAUGAUACAAUACGUGUGACUGAGGAUUUGUAAAGAAAAAUUACUUGCCGUAAAUGUAAUGACUGUUGCCAUAUCUCUCCAUGGAGCACUGGAAAUUGAUCGUUCUGAGUUGCUUUAUUUAUUCUCUGCAGAAAUAUAACUUGAGAUUAAUAGACGUGAGUAGAGUGCAUAUCUGCGAUAAUAUCUGAUGGUGAAUUAUCUAACGUUAUAGACUGACAAUAGUUUAAGUGUCGUUUAUAAAGGACACUCGAGGCAGAAUAAAUAAUUGACAUUUCUUCAUGUUUAAACAGAGAAAAAGGAUACUCUAUUUUUCUGAACAGAUACACAUGUAUACAAACACAUACACGAAUGCACACGCGUAUAUUCUAAAUGAAAAUAAAUACAAAUAAUAUAUUUUCAUGCUCUAGCCGCUUUAUAUAAACAUGUUGCGGUCUUCCAUGUAUUGCUAUUCGAGCGUGCAGGGAGAACAAUAAGUGCUUACGUGUCGGCUGAAGAAGCAAUGAAACGGCAAUACUUUGUGAUAUUAACAAAUAUAAUUUACUUUAUAUGUUUCUAAUCGCGCUGGUGACGUUUACGUAGAACUAAUGAUGAUUAUUUCUACGCGCCAUAGACUUAUCCCGCUAUAAUUUACUUGCGUAUAUAUCAUGUAUAUAAAUCUUGCGUAUAUAAAAGUAACGUUUUUUUUUU